UUAUUUCCCAGAUUGUUCACUUUAAGCACUUCAUUUAUUUUUUCAAGUUUACCUUUUUCCAAUUUCCCUCUUCACCGCCCUGUAAUUAUCCCGUUCAACACUCCACCGUUAUCGAUACUAAUUACAAGGAAAAGAUAAAUUAUGAAAGGGGAAAAACAGUACUUCAGUUCUAAGCUGCUUCUCUUGAGCGGUUGAGCCAGACCCACUUAGGGUUUUGCAUCUUCAAUACAUUUAGGGUUAGGGUUUUCCUGGGCCAUUGUAAAGUGUUUUAAAAUUCAUUCUUCGAGUUAGAGGGUCUGAAUUUAAAACCCAAUUUAUAAUCUUUUAGGUUUUUGAUAUAUAAGUGUUUAGUAAAAAAAGAUGAUUGCUGAAAAACCCAGUUGGAUUAGACAUGAAGGUAUGCAGAUUUUCUCCAUUGAUAUUCAACCUGGUGGUCUUAGGUUUGCUACCGGUGGUGGGGACCACAAGGUUAGGAUAUGGAAUAUGAAAUCAGUUGCUAAAGAUUUUGAAAAGGACGACCAAACACACCGGAUUCUUGCAACACUACGUGAUCACUUUGGGUCGGUUAACUGCGUCAGAUGGGCCAAGCAUGGCCGGCACAUUGCAUCAGGGUCUGAUGAUCAAGUAAUUCUAAUUCAUGAAAGGAGACCUGGUUCAGGAACCUCGGAGUUUGGUAGUGGCGAGCCUCCAGAUGUUGAAAAUUGGAAGGUUGUCAUGACUUUGAGGGGACACACUGCAGAUGUGGUGGAUCUUAAUUGGUCUCCAGAUGACUCAAUGUUAGCUAGUGGAAGUCUUGACAACACCAUCCACAUAUGGAAUAUGAGUAAUGGCAUAUGCACUGCUGUUCUCAGAGGUCAUUCUAGCUUGGUUAAAGGUGUUACUUGGGAUCCCAUCGGCACCUUUAUAGCUAGCCAAUCUGAUGAUAAGACUGUUAUUAUUUGGAAAACCACUGAUUGGAGUCUUGCCCAUAGGACAGAAGGCCAUUGGGCCAAAUCUCUUGGAUCAACAUUUUUUAGGCGGCUUGGGUGGUCUCCUUGUGGCCAUUUCAUAACUACUACACAUGGUUUCCAAAAGCCUAGACAUUCGGCACCUGUGUUGGAAAGAGGUGAUUGGACUGCUACUUUUGACUUCUUGGGACAUAAUGCUCCUAUUACAGUUGUGAAGUUCAACCAUUCGAUGUUCAAAAGAAGUUUCUCCAGUUCUCAAGAUGUUAAAGCUUCGUCUACUGGAUGGGCUAAUGGGUCUUCAAAGUCCCGAGGAAAAGAAUUACAGCCAUAUAAUGUUAUUGCUAUUGGUAGUCAGGAUCGUACUAUAACUGUAUGGACUACUGCAAGUGCACGUCCACUCUUUGUGGCAAAGCAUUUCUUCACUCAAAGUGUUGUUGAUUUAUCUUGGAGUCCUGAUGGAUAUUCACUUUUUGCUUGUUCCUUGGACGGCUCGGUGUCCACCUUUCACUUUGAAGUGAAAGAAAUUGGUCAGAAGCUAACUGAUGAUGAACUGGAUGAGCUAAAGAGAAAUCGUUAUGGUGAUGUUAGGGGUCGGCAGACUAACUUAGCAGAAAGCCCUGCACAACUAUUGCUUGAAGCAGCUGCAGCAAAGCAAAAUACGAGCAAAAAAGUAGUUGACUUGCAGAAACAGCAGGUUGCUUUAAAACCUUCAUCUGAUUUGGGAAUUAUGUCAAAGGUGUCUGAUUCACAUCUUGACAACGCAAAAAAAAAUGGAGUAAGCUCUGAUGGUUUGAACAAGUUGUCAGCUUCUGGUCGCGUUACUUGUCCUGUGAAGCAGAAAGAGUACAGGCGCCCUGAUGGUAGAAAAAGGAUUAUCCCUGAACCAGUGGGUGUGCCUCCUCAGCAAGAAAAUAUAACUUCUUUGUCCCACUCUCAAGCACUUAAUUUACCUCUAGUAUCUUCUGAUGUCAAUAAGGAUGAUAAUGUUGCUAAAGCCAGGAGAACUUCUGAUGUGAAGGAACGUAGUGUGCUCACUGCUAAGGCUUGUUUCAGUGAUAGUUUGGUCAUUGAAAGAGUUCCAGCUGCUUCAGGCAGAGAUGUUGGCGUUCUUGUUGAAUCUAUUGGAAGUGCAAAGGCGUCAAGUUCUUUAGCAUCUUGUAAUGCUACACUUGCAAUAUGUGUGGUAGAUAGGAAGGAAGGUUCAGAUGCAAUGCCAAUUAAAUUGGAAGCUAGCCCUAGAGAGCAUACUAUAAGUGACAUUGUUGGCGUGAGUAACAUGUCAUCGGUGAAGGAAACAGAAAUUAUUUGCAGCAGAGGAUCCCAAACUUUGUGGUCUGACCGAAUUUCUGGAAAGGUCUCAGUGUUGGCUGGAAAUGCGAACUUCUGGGCGGUGGGAUUUGAAGAUGGCUGCCUACAGGUGUACACAAAAUGUGGAAGGCGUGCGAUGCCUGCCAUGAUGAUGGGUUCUGCUGCAAUGUUCAUAGACUGUGAUGAAUCUUGGAGAUUGUUGCUUGUUACAAAGAAGGGGUCUUUAUAUUUAUGGGACUUAUUCAACCGAACCUGUCUCCUUCAAGAUACUUUGGAAUCUUUGAUUACUGCAGAUCCAAAUGCUUCUUCCAAGGAUACAGCUACUAUCAAAAUAAUUUCAGCAAAGCUUUCAAAAUCUGGUGCACCUCUUGUUGUGUUAGCCACUCGCCAUGCUUUUCUCUUUGAUAUGAGCUUGAAGUGCUGGCUUCGUGUAGCGGAUGAUUGUUUCCCUGCAUCAAACUUUGCAAGCUCUUGGAAUUUGGGGUCCUCUCAGAGUGGUGAGCUUGCAACACUGCAAAUAGAUGUUAGAAAAUUCUUGGCGAGAAAACCUGGCUGGAGUAGGGUGGCUGAUGAUGGCAUGCAAACUCGUUCGCACUUAGAGGCUCAGCUAGCCUCAGCUUUGGCUUUGAAAUCUCCGUUCGAAUACCGCCAGUGUCUUAUGUCAUAUGUUCGUUACCUUGCAAGAGAAGCUGAUGAGUCUCGUUUACGUGAAGUCUGUGAAAGUUUCCUUGGUCCUCCUACUGGGAUGGGUACUGCAUCAUUAGACCUAAAUAUGGCAUGGGAUCCCUGUGUUCUUGGAUUGAAGAAACACAAACUUUUGAGAGAAGACAUCCUUCCCGCACUGGCAUCGAACCGGAAAGUACAGAGGCUUUUAAAUGAAUUCAUGGAUCUUCUUUCUGAAUAUGGAAGUACAGAAAAUAAUAUUGAACAAAACAACUCAAUUAUACCAAUGACUUCAAGACGGGCUACUGACCGAGUAGCAGUGUUGCCAUCAUUGAACGAUCAUAUGCAACUGGAUACUCCUGUCGUAGAGCAAAUAGCUAGAAAACCAGAACAAACGGAAGCUGCACAGUCGUUUGGGAAUCAUCAAAUGGAUAGUGUUCAUAAAAAUCAAAUAAACGAGAUUUCACCAGCAGAUGAUCAAGUGACCGCUUUCUCGGGAAAGGAUGAUACGAUUCUAGAAAUGGUAAAAGGUCAGGUCAACCCGUUACCGUCUUCUGCCGAGCCAAUGAAUAUAGACAUGCCGAAGGUAGAAAAGGUGGUAGUGGCUCUUCCUGCCAAGGAAAACAGCACAUAGCUUUGCUUCAUCACAGUAGUUUUGAUCUUCAAGAGAUAUGUAUUUUUCGAGAUUAAGACACAUGAAUGUUUCCAACCCUGUCGUGUUAGCGAAAGAGGAAGCAGCUUAAUUGUAUAUAGAGAUGGAUGAACCCAAUGCUAUGAGUCUUGUAUUGAUGAUUGUUGCGACACCGAAAUUGAUUUCUUUCCCUAGAUAUCGAAAACAGUUUUUAGCUAAAGUGGUCACUCAUUAGGUGUAUAUUCUGAAACCGGAAGCCGGUAUGUUCAGCCAUUAGCAAUUAGCAAUUAGCAAUAGAUUUUGAUUUUGUUAUGGUCGCUUUGUUAAUUAUUGUGAAGUUCAUUUAUCUCA